GGUGAGUGGUGCUGUCUGUCAGAGAGGUGCCACUGCGCUCUGGGACAGAGUCAGGACACCCAGCUGCUGCUGCUGCCGGACACACUGACCAAGCAGCUGCCCGGGAGAGCACCAGGCUUACCACCCAGAACUGAGUACCAAAGUGAACAUGUGAGUCGGUCUGUCUGUGGCAGGAAUGGCAUCUGUAAGCAGGAAGCUGUCAGAGGAACAGUGCUACUGCUCCAUCUGCCUGGACGUGUUCAGCAGCCCCGUCUCCAUCCCCUGCGGCCACAGCUUCUGCAUGGGCUGCAUCGGGGGCUACUGGAUGGGCAGCUCCCACUGCCAGUGCCCCAUGUGCAAGAAGACCUUCUACAAGCGCCCUGACAUCAGCGUCAACACCGUGCUCCGAGACAUCGCCGAGCAGCUCAGAGGCAGCAGAGCCAGUCCUCUGGAGGGGAACAGUCCUCCUGAGGAACAGCUGGAGAGGAGCCCCGAGACCCAGAUGCAGGGCCCGAGGGUGGAGGGCGUGGCCUGUGACGUGUGCAGCGGCGAGCAGCAGCUGGCGCUGAAGUCCUGCCUGGUGUGCCUCACUUCCUACUGCGAGGAGCACCUGAGGUCCCACAACGCACGCUUCACCAAACACAAGCUGAUCCAGCCAAUCAGCAGCCUGCAGGACCGGAUGUGCCAGAAGCACGAGCGUCUGCUGGAGCUGUUCUGCCGCUCAGACCAGACCUGCGUGUGCGUGCUGUGUGUGGAGACCGAGCACCGCGCCCACUUCACCGUCUCCGCUGAGAGGGCCUGGGCCGAGAAGAAGGCUCAGCUGAAGAAGACUGAAGCAGAGGUGCAGCAGAUGAUGCAGGACAGAUGGAAGAAGGUGGAGGAGAUCAGACAAUGUGUGGAGCUGAGCAGAAGCAGCACGCAGAGAGAGAUUGAGGACAGCGCACAGGUGUUCAGUACUCUAAUGCGCUCCAUUGAGACUCGCCAGGCUGAACUGACUGAGGUGAUGGAAGAGAAGCAGAGAGCAGUCGAGAAACAUGCUGAAGACCUCAUUAAAGACCUGGAGCAGGAACUCACUGAGCUGCAGAAGAGGAACUCUCAACUGGAGAACCUCUCACAAACUGAGGAUCAUCUCUACUUCCUACAGAGUUUCCAGUCUCAGUGCACCCUCCCAAACACCCAGGACUGGUCUGGGGCUGGCAUUCACACUGAUGUGUGUGUGGGAGCUGUGAGAAGGUGUGUGGAACAGCUGGAGGUCUCUCUCACCGAGCAAGAGGACAAACUGGCAGAGAUGGAGCUGCGGAGGAUACAGAAAUACGCAGUGGGUGUGACUCUGGACAGCGCGACGGCCAAUCCGUGGCUGCAGCUGUCGGAGAGCGGGAAGCAGCUGCGUCACGGCGGGGUGUGGCAGGGCCUGGUGGACGGGCCGGAGCGCUUCGACACCGUGGUCAUCGCUCUGGGCCGGGAGGGCUUCGCCCGCGGGAGGCACUACUGGGAGGUGCAGGUGGGCCUGAAGGACGACUGGUACCUGGGCGUGGCCAAGGCGUCAGUUAAGAGGAAGGGCCGAAUCGCUGUUAGCACGGGGCAGGGCUAUUGGGCGCUGGCCAUGAAGGGGGGGCGGGAAUACCGGGCCUCCUGCACGCCGCCCGCCCCCCUCUCCCUCCCCCACCGACCCCGACAGGUGGGCAUCUACCUGGACUACGAGGAGGGGCAGGUGUCCUUCUAUGACGUGGAGGCCAGGUCACACCUCUACACCUUCAUGGACUCCUUCAGCGAGACACUGCGCCCCUUCUUCUACCUGUACUGCUGCGACAAGUCGUCAGACUGCCUCACCAUCACCCCCGUGAACCCCACACCCGCUGUGAAGCAGUGCUGACGCUUACGCUCAAAUAACCUUCACACAACCUUAACUCAACAUUACAGACCCGUGUGAACUGCGCCCAGCUCACCUGAAUAUAAUCUAAAUAACACUACUCUCCUCUAUCUGACAGUAUAGAGCUCACCUGUGCCUUAACUUAACACACCAUGCGUCACGAUAUUGGCCAAGAAGCAAGAUUUUUAUACGUAAUGAACGGUGUCUUAAAAAUAUAGGCGUGUAUUCAGAUGUGUGCGUCUUUUGCAUGUUCUGUGUGUUACUGAUCUAGUUGUUUAUGAAACACCACCAGUGCAAUAUCACAACAAUAAACGUGUUUCUCUCUUC